UCUCUUCCGACUUGCAUAAUUUUUUAGCCAAUGACAGACAUUCCUGGGCUUAAAAAGCGUGUGCCACCUGCUCGUGUACGUAUCAAAAAAGAAAAGGAGAUUACCUUCGGACUGUGUUGUCAGAGCUCGAAAUGGCGUAUAAAAAGAAUUCAAAUAUAGAACCCUGCGACUACAUGUUCAAGGUCUUGCUCCUUGGAGAUGCUGGUGUCGGAAAGACAAGUUUGAUGUGGCGGUUUUCGGACGAUAUGUUCAAUCACACCUACAUCUCUACAAUUGGAAUCGAUUUCAAAUUACGAACUAUUGACGUGCAAGGAAAAAAAGUUCGUCUACAGAUCUGGGAUACGGCAGGCCAGGAACGAUUUCAUGCUAUCAGUGUGUCGUAUUAUAGGACCGCGUCCGGAAUUAUGCUUAUUUACGAUAUAAGUCGCAGGCGCUCGUUUGAAAACAUUGCAAAAUGGCUGCGAAAAAUUGACGAACAUGCCAAAGAAGAUGUCACUAAACUACUGAUAGGAAACAAAUGCGACAUUCAGCAUCCAAGAGCUGUCAAACGCGAAGAGGGGGAACAGCUAGCUGACGAGUACGAUAUGCCUUUCUUUGAAACAAGCGCCAAGGAAAAUGAAAGCAUCGAUGAAGCUUUUGAAUGUGUCGCAGAGGAAAUGCUAUUUAAAUUUGUAUCAGGAUGGAGUGCAAAAGAACAGGAAAGAGUUACAAACGGAGCGGUAGUUGAUAUAAAGAAAAAGAGUCGCUUUGUGAGGAAAAAGGAGAAAACUUGUUGUUAAUUUUGUUUUGCUCUAUCCGGCAUGAAACUGAAAGAACAUAUAAUUUUCUUAAUUUUGGUUUCUGUAGCUUGUGAAAAGGAAUGAUUUCUCCCAGUUUCGUUGCAGUGGCGAAAGAUCACGCUAACCUUGUUCCUUCACAAUGCGUUGUUUACAUUCCCUCUCGUUACAGGUACUCAAUAAAUAUUUAAAUAUCAAUUGCGCAAAUUUAAUGCAUAAUCAGACCAUGAAACUGCAAUACACAAUGACUGGAACGCUUAGUCAUCUUAGUCAAGUUUAGUUUUCAUGGUGAUAUCAGCCAAAACUAAUUCAAGAAUAUCCAUGGCACAGAAAAGAUCUCCUCUUUGGAAUUUGAGGGUCAUACAAGGUAUACGUAGAGG